CUUUCCCGCCGGCGUCCGCGCGGUCCCUGGCCGGUGAGGCCGCGCGGGCUCUCCCGCUGCAGCCUCGCAGCCCCACGUCGCUGCCGGGGUGGAUCGCUGCGGCCCGAGCCGGAGAAGCGCUCCUGGGGGUGACGGCGGAGCGGUGGCGUGGCAGUUCUGUUCCAGGGCACCGGUUUAUGGCUACAAAUGAUUUGAUGACAGAACUGCAGAAAGAUUCUAUCAAGUUGGAUGAUGAUAGUGAAAGAAAAGUAGUGAAAAUGAUUUUGAAGUUACUGGAAGAUAAAAAUGGUGAGGUACAGAAUUUAGCUGUCAAAUGUCUUGGUCCUUUAGUGAGUAAGGUGAAAGAAUACCAAGUAGAGACAAUUGUAGAUACCCUCUGCACUAACAUGCUUUCUGAUAAAGAGCAACUUCGAGAUAUUUCAAGUAUUGGCCUUAAAACAGUAAUUGGAGAACUUCCUCCAGCUUCCAGUGGUUCUGCAUUAGCUGCAAAUGUAUGUAAAAAGAUUACUGGACGUCUUACCAGUGCAAUAGCAAAGCAGGAAGACGUCUCUGUUCAGCUAGAGGCCCUGGAUAUCAUGGCUGAUAUGCUGAGCAGGCAAGGAGGACUUCUUGUUAAUUUUCAUCCUUCAAUUCUCACCUGUCUACUCCCCCAGUUGACCAGCCCUAGACUUGCAGUGAGGAAAAGAACCAUUAUAGCUCUUGGCCAUCUGGUUAUGAGCUGUGGAAAUAUAGUUUUUGUAGAUCUUAUUGAACAUCUGUUGUCAGAAUUGUCCAAAAAUGAUUCCAUGUCAACAACAAGAACUUACAUACAAUGUAUUGCUGCUAUUAGCAGGCAAGCUGGGCAUAGGAUAGGUGAGUACCUUGAGAAGAUAAUCCCUUUGGUGGUAAAAUUUUGUAAUGUAGAUGAUGAUGAAUUAAGAGAGUACUGCAUUCAAGCCUUUGAAUCAUUUGUGAGAAGAUGUCCUAAGGAAGUAUAUCCUCAUGUUUCUACCAUUAUAAACAUUUGUCUUAAGUAUCUUACCUAUGAUCCAAAUUAUAAUUAUGAUGAUGAAGAUGAAGAUGAAAAUGCUAUGGAUGCUGAUGGUGGUGAUGAUGACGACCAAGGCAGUGAUGAUGAAUACAGUGAUGACGAUGACAUGAGUUGGAAAGUGAGGCGCGCAGCUGCUAAGUGCCUGGAUGCCGUCGUUAGCACAAGACACGAGAUGCUUCCAGAGUUCUACAAGACUGUCUCUCCUGCGCUGAUAUCCAGAUUUAAAGAGCGGGAGGAGAAUGUAAAGGCGGACGUUUUUCAUGCAUACCUCUCUCUUUUGAAGCAAACUCGUCCUGUGCAAAGUUGGCUGUGUGACCCUGAUGCAAUGGAGCAAGGAGAAACACCUUUGACAAUGCUUCAGAGUCAGGUUCCCAACAUCGUUAAAGCUCUGCACAAACAGAUGAAAGAAAAAAGUGUGAAGACCCGACAGUGUUGUUUUAACAUGUUAACUGAACUGGUAAAUGUAUUACCGGGCGCCCUAACACAACACAUUCCUGUGCUUGUACCAGGAAUUAUUUUCUCACUAAACGAUAAAUCCAGCUCGUCGAACCUGAAGAUUGAUGCUUUGUCAUGCUUACAUGUGAUCCUCUGUAACCACUCUCCUCAAGUCUUCCAUCCUCAUGUUCAGGCUUUGGUCCCUCCGGUGGUGGCUUGUGUCGGAGACCCAUUUUACAAGAUUACAUCUGAAGCACUUCUUGUUACUCAGCAGCUUGUCAAAGUAAUCCGUCCUUUAGAUCAGCCGUCUUCGUUUGAUGCAACUCCUUACAUCAAAGAUCUCUUUACCUGUACCAUUAAGAGGUUAAAAGCAGCUGACAUUGAUCAGGAAGUGAAGGAAAGGGCUAUUUCCUGUAUGGGACAAAUUAUUUGCAACCUUGGAGACAAUUUGGGUUCUGAUUUGCCUAAUACACUUCAGAUUUUCUUGGAAAGAUUAAAGAAUGAAAUUACCCGGUUAACGACAGUGAAAGCAUUGACACUGAUUGCUGGGUCACCUUUGAAGAUAGAUUUGAGGCCUGUCCUGGGAGAGGGAGUUCCUAUCCUUGCUUCAUUUCUCAGGAAAAACCAGAGAGCUUUGAAACUGGGAACCCUGUCUGCCCUAGAUAUUCUAAUUAAAAACUAUAGUGACAGCUUGACAGCUGCCAUGAUUGAUGCCGUUCUAGAUGAGCUCCCACCUCUUAUCAGCGAAAGUGAUAUGCACGUUUCACAGAUGGCUAUCAGCUUUCUUACUACCCUGGCAAAAGUGUAUCCCUCCUCCCUUUCAAAGAUAAGUGGAUCUAUUCUCAAUGAACUUAUUGGACUUGUAAGAUCACCCUUAUUGCAGGGGGGAGCUCUUAGUGCCAUGCUAGACUUUUUCCAAGCUCUGGUUGUUACUGGAACAAAUAACUUAGGAUACAUGGAUUUGCUGCGCAUGCUGACUGGUCCAGUUUACUCUCAGAACACAGCUCUUACUCAUAAGCAGUCUUACUAUUCCAUUGCCAAAUGUGUAGCUGCUCUUACCCGAGCGUGUCCCAAGGAGGGGCCAGCUGUAGUAGGUCAGUUUAUUCAGGAUGUCAAGAACUCGAGGUCUACAGACUCCAUCCGCCUCCUAGCUCUGCUUUCUCUUGGAGAAGUUGGGCAUCACAUUGACCUAAGUGGUCAGCUGGAACUGAAGUCCGUGAUACUGGAAGCGUUCUCAUCUCCUAGUGAGGAGGUGAAGUCAGCUGCGUCCUACGCACUAGGCAGCAUCAGUGUGGGCAAUCUUCCCGAAUAUCUGCCAUUUGUCUUGCAAGAGAUAACCAGUCAGCCCAAAAGGCAGUACCUUCUGCUUCACUCCCUGAAGGAAAUUAUUAGCUCUGCAUCAGUGGUGGGCCUUAAACCAUAUGUUGAAAAUAUCUGGUCCCUGUUACUAAAGCACUGUGAGUGUGCAGAGGAAGGUACCAGAAACGUCGUUGCUGAAUGUCUAGGAAAACUCACUCUAAUUGACCCAGAAACUCUCCUUCCACGGCUUAAGGGGUAUUUGAUAUCAGGCUCAUCAUAUGCCCGAAGCUCAGUUGUUACAGCUGUGAAGUUUACUAUUUCUGAUCAUCCUCAACCUAUCGAUCCACUGUUAAAGAACUGUAUAGGUGAUUUCCUAAAAACUUUGGAAGAUCCAGAUUUGAAUGUAAGAAGAGUAGCCUUGGUCACAUUUAAUUCAGCAGCACAUAACAAGCCAUCACUAAUAAGGGAUCUUUUGGAUACUGUUCUUCCACAUCUUUAUAAUGAAACAAAAGUUAGAAAGGAGCUUAUAAGAGAGGUAGAAAUGGGUCCAUUUAAACACACAGUCGAUGAUGGUCUGGAUAUUAGAAAGGCCGCCUUUGAGUGUAUGUAUACCCUUUUGGACAGUUGUCUUGAUAGGCUGGAUAUCUUUGAAUUUCUAAAUCAUGUUGAAGAUGGUUUGAAGGACCAUUAUGAUAUUAAGAUGCUGACAUUUUUAAUGUUGGUGAGACUCUCUACGCUUUGUCCAAGUGCAGUGCUGCAAAGGUUGGAUCGGCUGGUUGAGCCCUUGCGUGCCACAUGUACAACUAAGGUAAAGGCAAACUCAGUAAAGCAGGAGUUUGAAAAGCAAGAUGAAUUAAAGCGGUCUGCCAUGAGAGCAGUAGCAGCACUGCUGACCAUCCCAGAAGCAGAGAAGAGCCCGCUGAUGAGUGAAUUCCAGUCGCAGAUCAGCUCUAACCCUGAGCUGGCAGCCAUCUUCGAGAGCAUCCAGAAAGAUUCGUCAUCCACUAAUUUGGAGUCAAUGGACACUAGUUAGAUGUUUGUUAAUAGGGGGACCGUUGCCCUUGAGCACACACUGCACUGAAUCGACCAGUUAACCAUAAGACGCGGAAGGAGAAGUGUCUGAAAGCUCCCAAAUGCUCCACUUUCUUUUUCUUCAUGGCAGCAGUUUGUUCCGCUUUCUUCCAUUAUAGUUUUUGUAGCAUUUAUUUCAAAAAGAUGUAUUUCCAUAAUCCUGAGGUUGUAAAACCACUAAUGUGUUAGUGGUUAGGACAACAUUUAAAGUGGAAACUAAAAGUUAGGGUUUGUGGAAUGUGGAGAGAGGGUCCAGUAUCUAUUUACCCUGUAAUGUUUAGGAUUAAAAUGUUAAACUUUUGUGACCAUGAAUUUCUUCUUUUUAUACAUUUUCUCAAAAAUCAAAAAUUCUUUAAGACGAAAACCAUGUUUCUUGUAUAACUUUCUCUUUUAGCAUCAUAAUAGAUUUUUCGCUGGCAGACAAGAAUAUCCGUUUUAAUUUGUUAUAUUUCAGAGGGUUUGGCAGUUAAAAAAGAUAAAACAACAUUUUUUUAACUCUGAGGGUUAAUAAUAUCCCUGUUGCAUACACUAAUUUUGCAUGAGCGAGUUUACAAAUAUGUAUUGUCUGUAAAGCAGCAUGUGCAGUUAUUCAUAGUACAGAAAUUUAAAUAAGUAUUAUUAGUGCAAUUUUCAGAUACUUAUUUUUGCACAAAAACUCGUAUCUGGAAAGAGGGGAGAGAGGGGAGUAAACUUCUGAAACUUUGGUUUCCUUAAUGCCAGUGUGAGCUUGCAGACGUGUUUAGUAAAUCAAGUCACCGUAACAGCCAUUUUUUUCCUAUUACAAAUUUUGUUACACAUUUAAAGUUUGAAUGUUUGAAGUACUCAGUACCCAGUUUUUCUCAGUCACUGUGUGUGUGUUUCCACCGAGAAAUUCUUACAGCCAGAUUUUUCUUUCCUUCUCUGUGGAUGUCUACAUUCCUUAUGGAAAGAUGCAUAUACUAUGUCUGUCUGCUUUUAAAUUUUGUUUCUAGGAAAAUUCUGCAGCCAGCUGUCAGGUUUGUUAAUACUUCCUUUUAGUUGAGUUUUUCUUAUCUCUUGUAGAACAAAUUUACAUGCUAUAUUUGGUAAGUGUUUACUGCUUUUCCUGAUUAAGGGAUCUGUGCUGAGGGACAAAGCUUUUGCAGUACCUUCUGUUAUAGUUGAAAUUUAUUUAAGAUAACUUCGAGUGAGCUCAUUUCACACUGUAGCCUCGUCCUUCAAAUUCGUGGUGCUCCUGUAAUAGUAAGAACUAACUUCUGAAAUAAAAGGCAUCUCCUAAUGCUGUGCAGGCAUAGUUUACAUGUGUGAACGGAGGCAGUUGUUAAAUUGAGUGACCAAUUUCAAGCAGUCAGAUAUUUGAAAGCUGUACCUUUUAGUUUUGAAACUGUGAAUUAGAAAUAUUUUCCGGCUAUAUUAUUUACCUGCUUUAACAUCUGAAUAUGCGGUGGUUUUAAUAACAUACUGUGGUUUUAGUUUAAGGACUUGAUUUUGAAUGUUCAGAUGAUAACACAGAAAUGGCUACUAGUGAGGCUUUUAUUUAGUACUUUGACAUGGAAUAUAGUUAUAUGAAGUUAGUGCCAUUUAGAAAUAGGGCACUUGAUAAUCCUAUACCAUAAUUUGCAUAAAACUAAUAGAAAUUUAUUUUGAGAUGUUAGUAUAUAUGUACCAUACAUUGCUGUGGUAUAGAUGUUGUGGCUAUGUUGAAGUUUUUGAUUAUGGUUUCACAAUAAAUUAUAAUACUGUAGGCUCUAGGACUGAACAGGAGACUGACAUACCUAUGUUGUGUGAGUGUCUUAGUUAAGUGCCUAAAAUUAAGUUGAAAUUAUUUUUCCCAUGUUUUUAACAUCCAGCAUACAUGUCAUUUUUAUUUUUACUUUUUGAGUAUUGCAAGACAGCUCUUUUUGACAUAGAUAAAAUGCUUAUACUGGAGAAACAGAGAUAGCUGUUACAGUCUCGGUGUUAACCUGCGUGUGUAUUCUCAUACGUAACAAAAUUAGUAACAAAGGGAGUGUUCAUAAUUUUAAAUGCAGUCAUUCUUAUUAACCCCGUACUUGUAAUGGUGAUAUGGUCUGGAUACUGGCGUGUAAUUAGCAAAGUCUAGUGAGGUGUGGAGUCUAGAUGUAUUCUACACUCAUACUGCUUACUGGAAAUGUUAGGAAGUUCUGCUUAAGAAUCUCCAUUCCUUAUUGUAAGUCUGAAAGUUGGGUUGUGAGAGUAAACUGUUUGCCAAUUUUUGUGAGGACAUUUAAAUUCGUUUUAGAGUCUCUUUUUUUCUUCCUUUUUUUUUUUUUUUUUGUUUUU